GUGGUUCCAUCUCUCUAUUGCAGACUAUACGGUGUCAAUUAUACUACCUUUGUUGAAGGCAACAGGCAAAGUGCCAUUUUAUCCCUUUCUUUGCUGGCAGGACAAUAAAAUGUACAACAGUUCAUUAUACAAACAGUUUAUGUUGAUAUCAUGUAGAUUGAUGUCACAUGUGGAAAGUGAUGACUGCUAGAGCUAAACAGAGGCAGGGUGGUAUGGUAGAUAAAUGGAUUACUCUAAGGCACUGGUAUUUAUCAGUCAAAUCUGAGGGGGAGACCAAAUUACAGAAAUGUGGCUAAAAUUCUGAGAAGGUGCUUAUAAAGAGAUCCAGACCCACUUAGUUUUGAGGGGCUUGGCUAUUUUUUAACUUGGAAAUGAUAGAAGUGUGCAGAAAGAUGAAGAUGGGACCACGUAUAUUUCCCCAUCACCUGGAAUUCCCCAAAAUCUAAAGCAAACACAAAAUCUGGGGCAGUGUGGAUGAAAAACACCUUUGUGAGAUCCCAAGACUUCUGAUGAGGAUGCAGGGCUCCUUCAGAAAGUGCGGGGUGAAGGGCCACACCUCCUCUGAGCACUGGCACACCGUGCAAGACAUACAGCUAAUACCAAGGAGACACCAGAAACACCUCUACAAAGAGCCCCUUUCACUAUGGCUCGUAGUUGUUGUUCUUGUUAGGCAGUUUUAAUGGAGAGAAGUGUUUUUCCAGGAAGUAUUAUCCCAGGUUUUAUUACACCUUUCUAACAAAAACAUUUUGUUCUGCUCUGAUUCCUUCUCAUCCCUCCACCCUUUUUCCCCAUUCUGAGGUUAACAAAAAAAAAUAAACUAAGCAGGAAACGAUCAAGUUUUGUUGACAGAAGUUGAGGUGGAAACUUCUGGGUUUUUGGUGUGAGAUUUUUGUCUCUUGAAAUAGGGAAGGUCUGUAGAUGCUGUGCAUCAGCUGGAGGAGAUGUGUGAGGUGCUCCAGGCCUAGCUGCUGCGGGCAGUCCUGUGUGGAUGGCCGCUGCCUGUCGUGGAGCUUCCUUCAGGGGUCAGGGCUGCGGGCAGCUCCAGCACGGGCUGCCACCACAAAUACCUGCCGAGGGGGCCGGCAGCCUGGAGCCUCUGCCAGCAUCUGCGCAGUCAUGGCUUCUCUUCAACUCCAGGUCAUUGCUACAGACAGUUGUCAAAGUUGUUUGAGUUAGCAGCCCCUGGGGUUGCUGUUGUGGAAUAACUUUUCUAAACACAAUUUCCUAGCAUUUGCUGUGUGAUCUAUGUGAACUGGGCCUGUUUAGUCUGAGGAAAAGGAGGCUGAGGGAAGACCUUAUUGCUCUCUCCCAAUAUCUGAAAGGUGCUUACAGCGAGAGCGGGGCUCGUCUCUUCUCACUGCUGCCAGGUGACAGGACGAGGGGAAAUGGCCUUAAGUUGUGCCAGGGUAAGUUGAGGUUGGAUAUCGGGAAAAACUUUACAGAAAGGGUUGUUAAGCACUGGAAUGGGCUCCCCGGUGAGGUGGUUGAGUCGCCAUCCCUGGAUGUGUUUAACCACCAUUUGGAUGCGGUGCUCAGGGAUGUGAUUUAGCAGAAGGUUGUUAGUUAGGGUAGUCUGGUUAGGUUGCGGUUGGACUCGAUGGUCUUUAAGGUCUCUUCCAACCUGAGCAAUUCUGUGAUUCUAUCAUAUAUGCUGCAAGAGCAAAGGAAUGAAAAUAUAGGGGUUCUAAUAGUUUUCAUUAUAGACCAAAGAGAUCUAGCUGGAGGCCAAGCUGCCUGUGCAGUGUCCAGAAGAUGUGUUUAAGGACUGUGGGCCAGAAGUCAGUGUGCACAGUAGUUGCUACAACUGCAUGCAACCUUUCAGUGCUUCCCUACCUGAAGGAGGUGACUUGAUCUUCUACCAGGCCUGCACCUGCUCUGCUGCAAGGAGAGACUUUCAGGCCUCAUUGGUGAGCAUGGCUUCUUUCCUCAGCCAGCUGCAGGCUGCGUUGCAGAAGGCACGCGGGCCUCUCCCAUGCACAGCUGUGUCCCUUGGCACAGACUGCACAGGCUUGGGGCUGCAUGGUGCUACAGGAGCAGGAGAGUCAGGUGAAGGUGGGUUUCUGCAGCUCCAUCACCUUCUCAUGGCGAAAACCAACACAGAAAGAUUUGUCACAGUGCUUUGCUGAAUUAAUAUUGUAAAUCUUGCCCACAACGGAUGAACCAGAAGCUUGUCGUCCAUUUUGUGUGCAUGGGUUUGAUUGCUGUACAAACAGGAGUGUGAGGGAAAACUGAAUACCUUAUUUCUUCUCAAUUUUUUAAAAAUGUAUUUGGUAAAUUUUUUAUCAUUCUUGCUUACUUUUGUAGCAAGCUGGGUCCAAUGUGCCAUUAAAAAAGCUAUUCAGUCCCUGAGGUGUUGUAAACACAUGUUGGCCCCUGAAAGAAGGUUAAAAGUUUUAUUCUUUGCUGUAGAGGCCAAUUUUUUGUAAAAUAUUUCAUACCAAAAAGUGAGAGAACUGCAUGCUGCUGUGGUAUUAAUAUCAUUUUUUCUUCUGAAAGAAUGAAACUUCUCCAUUUUACCAUAAGAAGAGCAAUGCAGAAAGAAACUUCUCAUUAUGUAAAUGAUACAUAGAGGUGUUGCAAUCCGCACUACCCACCCCUCUCUCCCCCUUCCUCCCAAAAAACUGACAACGUAUUGCUUGCAUGGGGAAAAACCAUCUACAUUCAAAACAAAACAAAGCAAAAGCAACUGUACCUUGACCAGCUCAGCUCUCUCUACUGAGCAAUACAGAAAGCAGAUUCUCUCAUUGCUGGGAAUGAGUUGGAGUGAGGAAUGAUUUUCCUAACCUCUGGGGUUUUCUGGGAUAUUUUCAGGACUUAUCUACUUUCUCGUCAUAGGCCAGGGAAACAGGGCUGCAAAGAAGGGAGGACUGUUCAGGGAUAGGUCAUGUGAUGCAAACAACACGUAGGAUGGGAGCUGAUGGCUUCAGGGUAUGGAGUGAUAUGGUACCCCUAUAAUGCAUCUGAACUAUGAGUUUGUGACUCAUAGUUAAAAUAUGUGGUUUAGGGGGUAAAAGAUAACAAAACAAAACCAAAACAGGGAAUGAAACUUAAAAGAGAGGAAAGGAAAGAAAAAGACGAAAGAAGAAAGAAUGUUUCCAGUCUAAUGAAAUGCAGGGUGUUACUGUUGAUGACAUUCUUCAUUCGUGUGAGACAAAAUAAUCACCCUUAAGAAUGAAAGUUUGGGGUUUUUUAUGUUUUUCAGCAGAAGUGAAAUGUCAGCAUUUCUGCUAUUGACAGUUUUGGUUACUUCCAAGAUAAUGUAUAUCGAUGAAACUCAGCAAGGCCAGUAAAGAGCUUCCUCUGAUUCUGGGUCUUCUAAUCUCAGGUCUUCUAAUCUUCUCCUAUCCCAUUAGGUGAUCACUUGUCCAGAAGGUAGGCACACUAAUAUUCUUUCCUCUUCAAGAUUUCCUUAGUCUGUAUCCAUCUGCUGCUUCAAAUCUCUGCUGAGUGUCUUUAUCAGUGUAGUUCAUAACUACGUUUUAAUAAUCAAGAAUAGUUCCUAAGUUAAUUUAGCCAAAAUUGGUAUCUGCUUGAUGUGGCCAGCUUUCAUUCUUCUUAAGAACAGAGGAAGAUCAACAUUUAGUCUCCAAAACUGGCUAGAAGAAGUGUUUUAUCACUCGUGCAGUUAUAGUAACUUAACAAGUCAUAGGGAUGUUUAAUCAGCUGGUAUUAACUCUGAUUAACUACAAGAUUCACAUGAGUGUGCCAUCAGUUCCCCACCUUUCGAUACCAGCAUCCAGCAUGGGGUUGUGCAGGCAGCUCAACAACGGAAGAGCCUUUUUUUUCCUUUUCUUUUUCAAUUCUGCAUUUUUAGGAUGUUGUAUGUCUUGUGCACAGAGGGGUCUCCUACCCUUUGCAUCUCCCGGGCAGAUGGACACCCAGCUGGGUCAGGGCAAAGGCUCAAGCUGGUCGGGCACUGCGCCGGCUGAAUCUCAUCCUGUGUGACAUGCACACUGUAAUAGUGGAAACAGAAGCUUGCUUUUUCUCCCUUCAAAACACACUCAAAAGCUCUAAAAUCCUCUUUUUACCUCUACGUUUUCCUCGGUGGCAUUUUUCUUUUUUGAGUUUUUAGAUAGAUGCAUUCAGGCUAUCUUAGCACAAAAAUUGGAUUAGAGUGGGACCACCAUUGGUGCUCCUCUGGUAAGAGUGGAACAUUGAAGCAUUUAGAAAUGUGAUGGGAAGAGCACGGAGACCUUCUUGUAGGAUGUUGCUAGGGCCCCUUUAGAUGGAGCUUUGUGGUGGCAUCUUCAGGAGUCUGGAAAACAUGGACAACUUUUCCUAGGCCCUGGGUAGUGUGGCUUAUCUAAAUAUUUCAAAUUUUAACUUUCUCAAAACAAAAACAGGACGUAGCUGGAGGGGAAGUAGUGAUUAAUGCAUAAUAGUGCUAUAUACAAUGUAGAUAGAUAAAUGUACAUUUCCUCCCCCUCACACCCCACCGCUGCAAACAUAAGCUUUUAGCCUGAAAAAGAAAAUCUGGAAAUGUUCUGGAUUCUGGUCAGACCUCUUUCUUAUUUUGUUAAUUCAACUGUAGAGUGAGAUAUUAAUGAUCCCCAGAUGUUGUUUAUAAUGAUUGAUUUUUCAGUUGUGAAAAAAUACUUGCAGUUUUUUUAAACAAUUGAUAUUUUCUAGUGUGCUCUGCAGCGUUUGAAUAACAUGUCUGAAGGCAGAGCUGUUUAUAUGCCCAACAUAAUUGCUUCUGUUAAGUGAUUUCUUCAUUCUUAACAUUUUUAGCUCUAAUUGCUUUUCCCCCAUACAUCUAAAAAUAAAUAUUUGCAAGUUUUGCAUUCUGUCACUCAUUGCAAUGCAUAAAAUAUUUGUAUACUGAAAGCAAAAGGCACCGAUAAGGGGUCACAUUCUGUCUCACUGAGAGUGGUGUAAAUCCCGUAAGACUCCCUUCACUUCAGCAAAUGUUACUCAGGCUUUCACCAGUUAACCAAGGGCAGAAUCUCACCCAACAUUAACAGCAAGCUGCUAAGUGAGCAUAAGUAAUGUGUGGUAGAGUAAGAUAAAAUACCUUCCUGUCUGCAAGAACUGUUUUAUUUUUACUUUUUUUUUUCUUCCGUGCAUUUUCACUAGCAACCACAGCUGUAACCAGGAUAAAUACUAAGAUUAUAAAUACUAAGAUACUAAGACUAUUUCUCACUCCAGAAUACCAUAGUCGGAACUCCUCUAAGGCCUGCUUCUGCAGCACAGCUUGGGUGCUCAGUGCUGCUCCAUCCCUGCAGGCAUCAGAUACGGGAUGUUGGGCAAAGGGCUGCCCCUUCCUCCUGCCCCCACCUUCUGCUGCAGCCACUGGGGCCAGCCAUGCCAGGGGCUUGGCCUGGGGCCUCGGGCACCUGUGCCCCCUGAUGUGGCUCAGGGUGGUCAUGGGGAGGUAGAUGAGACCUCCGUGGCAGAGCGAUGGUGCUCCCACCUCCAGUCCAGUGCUUUUGCUUGGAAGGCUCCUUUCCUUUUCUGUGCUCUGGUUGAGUAGCGGACACAUGACAGUACUGUUGCGUGUUUCCUUAUCCUGAGUUUGGCAGGGGAUGAAUGUGUCCUUGCAGCAAAACAGGGUUAGGGAGUGUGCCGCUCUCCUGUGCGUGAUCAUUGUAAACUACCACGUGGGCUUUGUUGUGUGUUGCAUACGCCUGCUUUCUUGGUGGCCAUUCACCAACUGGUGGUAGGUGUCAGCUGUGUGGCUAGUUUUACAUUUCCCUCAUCAAAAUCACUUUUUGUCCUUACAUCAAAAAGCAACCUGAGCGGCAUCCAUCACAAGCAUGAGUGUGAUGUCGGAGGUGUGCAGUUUCAUUGCUGGAACCAUCUUCUCGCUAUCCUCAUGUUGAACAAGCACUCACGAGAGCAUCCUCACGUGAGUGUUCUGUGCCCCAGUGCCCAGGGACCACGGGACUGCGCUGCGGGGCCGGGGGUAGAGCGACAGUCCCGCCUCCCUGCCCCGCGAGCAGAAGGAGAAGUGGUUUGUGUCAGAAUAUGGUCACAUUCUUCUGAUUAAACCCGCUCGAAAAAGACAACAUUGUAAUAUUUUCCAGCGACUGUUUAUCAUGAAUUACGUCAGCCUCGGUUUAAAUUGCUAUUAUUUCUCCUUAAUGCUUCUUGGUGCCUGCAUAAUUUACAGCAUUGGCAGCUGCGGGACUAUGAAAUAACCUUUCACAACCGCCAUACAAUAGUAAAGAACAUGAAGUUUUUGUUGUUAAUUAUUAUGGGUCUCCUUUAACUUUUUUACAAAGUGACAUAAAAUAUUGUUGAGGUAUUUAUGGUUAAAGCUACUUUUACAUGGAUCUAUUUUGCUUCUGGCUAGUUCUUAACUAAAGCAGUCAUUUGUGGUUAUUAUGCCUUGGGAGAUAUUAUGUCAGAACUGGUUUAGGAGUAUUAUUAUGUAUCACAUGUCAUAUAUUACAUGUCAGCACUUGAGGCUGUCUUUCAAUAAAAACAAAUGUAAUUUCAGUUAAUGGUCUUUUAGGUAUAGGCCAUUUGUAAACUUACCUGAGUUCAUUUGAAGGUAUACUAAAAAGCUUUGUUCUCGUGGAGUGCACUUGAGUAAUUUCAUUUUGGCUUCGGAUGGAAUUUCCAAAAUAUUUGUCAUUGUUUCAGUCGGAGGGUACUGCCUCUAGAAAGCAAACAGUUUCCCAAUCCCCAGGUUAAUGUACACAUUUAAGGAGCUGCAACUGUUACUCAUUACUUUGUUUACUUUUCCCCCUUUGAGCUCCUGCUUCCCGGGUUCCCCGGUGCGGGCUGGGGGCAGUAUCCCAGGCAACUAAGCCACCUAAUGAUGAUGCUGCGCGGCACUGCCCAAAUGAAUGGCUUGUACGUCUGGAGAUAAUCCAUGGGAGAAGGGUGGUAGAAAUUAAAGGUUGCAGGCAAGUUUUGAGUUUCCUUGUAGUUGCACAUCAAAUCUGGAAAAUGCAAACUUAGACAAAGCAAACUUUGAAUCAGUAUGUCAUUCCCCGUGGUCUCAAAUACUAUGCAUAUUUUCCAGUACUUAUUUGAAGCAAGAAGUGAGGCGUACAGGGUGUGCCAGAAAUAUUACAAAGAGUGAAAACACAUGAAUGACUCAUGUGAACUUCUUGUUGCUUUUUUUUCUUUAGCAUCUAAUUAGUUAAUUACUACUACACCAAAAAAACAACAACAACAAAAAGUCAUGAUUUCUCUCCCCCACCUAUGUUUGAGCACCAAAAAAUGAUCAAAGCCUGUGUUUGUUUCUAGUUCCAUUUUACUCCAUGGGACCACCGGUUUUGGUGGCUUCGUUCUUGGGAAUGGAAGCCCUGCUGGGCAAAAAAUGAGCCUCUGUCCCCGCACGGACAGCCAGGCGGAUGGUGCCAGGGUGCCAAUGUGAAAUUAGAACGGGAAGAAAAGAGCAGGGGGAGCAUCUCGUGUGCUACUGGGUUGGAAUUUAAUAAGAGAGACAUAAAAUGGAGCGGAAUUUGCCUGGACACUGCAGGAUUUUUUAAUAUUAGGCACCAUGCUUGAUUUCCCUGGAAAUGAGUGAGCAAUCUGAAUUUAGAGUUGUUUGGAGGGGGGAGGACGCGUUUCUUUCUCUUUUUUAAUCAAAGGCAUUUCAGCAGCCGAUCCAAGUGAAAAGGGGAUCUAUCAUUACGUAAGAAUGUAGCAAACUUUCCCGUUUAAUGAAUGAAUAUUAGCUAUUUCUGAAGCAGAUAAAAGAUGGUAAAAGAGGGAGACAGAGCUGACGUCUUAGAGAUUUUAAUAAAGAUUGAAGUUAGUAGUGAAAAGGUCAAAGUGCCAUUUGUUGAGCCCCUGCUUCUGGCACGGUUUCAAAGCUUGCAGUGCUGACUGUGGGGCUGUGAUGUGUGUUAAUGAACAGUUGUGGCACUUAACUGAGAUCAUGGGUUGGUCACAUGAAUAUAUAUAAAAGAUAGGAGCGGAGAUUUUUUCCCCCCUUUUCGCUGCAGUUUGGCUGCUGGAAGGACUGAACAAUUAGAAGAGCUGUUUGAAAUGUCUGAACACCACAUAAGUCCCCUAGUCUGUAAGGAAAACGAGCUAGGAAUAAUAGAAUACUGCUAUAGUUAAAUAUAGUUAUUCAAAAUUGUUUUUAGCUACAGAUGUUAUGCCAUUUUAGAAACUUAGACUAAAUAAUGUCAGAUCUUGUUUGCUUUUUUAGUAUGUUACUCGUUUAUUGGGAAAUUCAAAAUUUAAAACAGCUGGGAAAGGGUUUGGUGUUCACUAAGUAAUCUUUAAAAUGUGUACAUUUCAGUGUUACUCUUACAGAGCUGUUUAAAAAUGACUGAAUUGUAUAUUAUAGUUAUAAAGUUCUGUAAACACGCUCCGCCGUGUAAAUGACAGGGAAACGUGAAAUGGGAAAACGAGAUAAUUCUGCAGCCAAAUUUUAUGUGUUACAGACUUGAUAAAACAGCAAAUGGGUUUCUCAGUUUAAACAAUUUGCAACUUCCAGGAACGUGCAUGGAGGUUACAAACACUGUGUAUAAAAUAGCAGCAGAAAAUAACGUUCAUUCUCCUCUAGUUCUCCCUUUGAUGUUUAUGUCAAGACGAAGGAGUUAAUUUAUCUAAGAGUUUCUCUGCGUGAGUUGGACUGUACAAAAGCAAUCAUGUAGAAAUAAUAGACUACCAUUGGAAGUGCUGUACUAUUGCAGUUUUAAUAGCUCUUCAGUUCUGCUCAACAAUUAGUCCAUACAUUUUAUAGCUGUGUCUUUAAGAAACUGGCACACUCAGCAAAAUCAGAGUAAUUGGGAGAUGAUGCAAUGUGGAGAGAAAUCAGAGGAAGAAAAUUAAUUGAAAAAUAGCCUUUUCUUUGUUUUGUGUUUGCUUUCUUAGGAAAUUUUAAACACUGCAGUAGUAAUUACCGGUGGGUGAGAUUCCUGCAGAAUGUCAGUUCCACGUGGCUGCAUUUUUGUGAAUUUAUUUUUGUUUGUUUUUAAAUUAAACUACAAAAGAGGCAAGCCGAGGCAUUAGAAAGUUUUGCUUUGCUUUUCUCUUUGUGAAUUGAGCGAGGGCAUUAACUGUGAUCAGGAGGAGUCUUUUGGUUUUCUUCCACUCUACUGACCAGUGCUGCUGGAGGAAGUUCUCAGUACCUGUCAGCAUCUACGUAAAAGUGAUCAGACAGAUCAUGGAGGAUAUCUGAAUUAGUUCGUAUUUUCAGAGCUGCGGAACCAAAGGGGCUGCAGCAAUCCCUCUGUUCUCAUGUCCACUGGAGAAGGUGCUGCUCUUUGCUAAAAGGGUAUGAGCACCCGUCUUCCAGGGAGAGCCAGUGGAUGCUGGGACUUUCUUCAGAUGGCUUUUUUUUUCAUAAAUCACUACUGAAUAAGGAGACAGUUAAAAAAAAAAUGGCAGUAUCUCGCUCCAAAGAUAAAUAAAUAAGUAAGCGUUGCUUAUUUGUGGGUUUCUCAUCAGCAAUUAGGACUUUGUAAUGCUUUUUAAUGGAUUUAUUGUCCAUUAUGAAGCAAAGGUCAGUGAAGCAGUGAGAAUUUAUAUUUCAGCUUAAGUUUGGGCCUAGAUAAUAUAUACAGUUGUGUCUUUUAGUGAUCAAACAAGCAUUGCCUUGUGCCUUGGGGCUGCUUUGUUGGUCUUAAUGCCAUGAAUUACCGAAGGGCAAUGGCAGAUAACCAGUUGACUAGAAUAGGAGGGCAAACCUGCUUCUUAGCUGGAUAAGCAGGGGAACAGUGAAAAGAAAUAGAGAGGUGUUACUGCUGCUGUGUGUAACACUAGAGGAAAUCAUUAUCAGAGCCCCUAAGAGCUAACAUUUUGGUUAGUCAUUCAAAUGAUUAUGGCUUUCUGCAAAAGGAUGAUGCUAUUUCAUGGGAUAACUGCGCUGCUAAUGCUCCACUGCAUUAUUCUGAACUACAGGCUGCAGAGAAACAUGAAAGAGCAGAAGGAGUUUAUGACAGAUUUUUUCCACCUUCAGUUUUGUUCCUGAGCCCGAUGCCCGUGUUUUGCAUGUUGAAAUACUAGAUAGGGUUGAGGAAAGACCCAAAGAACAACUCAUGGAAUGAGGAUGUCUCCAAGUGAAAGACCAAAGAGUGUUGAGCCAUUCAAUGCAUGGAGGGAAAAGGUACAAAGGGGCCCGAUCGUGGCUGGGUAGCACCUCCACGAGCAGAUCCUAGGAUCACAGAAUGGCUUGAGUUGGAAGAGACCCUAAAGCCCAUCCAGUUCCAACCCCCUGCCAUGGGCAGGGUUGCGACCCUCCGGAUCAGGCUGCCCAGGGCCCUAUCCAGCCUGGCCCUGGGCACCUCAGAGGAUGGGGCACCCACAGCUUCUCUGGACAGCCAGAUCUGUGACUGCAGGGGCCUCUCUAAUGUGGUGAACAGGCACAUAGUAGUACCCAGUCCUACAGAGAGGGAACAGGUAAAUUAAUGAUGAAACUAAGGCACAAUUAUCUAGCAGUGAGGGGUAAUUACCCAGGGGAACAGCUUAGCUAGAGGUAACAUAGAUUCUUUAUUACUUCAAGCUUUUAAAUCAAGGCUGCUUUCCAAACGACAUGAUCCUUACCCAAACAAGAUACUGUCUUCAUCCAGCAGUCACUCUGAAGUUGUAUAGGCAGAAAGUAAACAAGGCAAUAAUAUCCUACUGUUUACUUCUGGCAUUGAAAACCAUUAUUGUAUUAAUAUUAAAUCACUUGUAGCAUCUGAGUCAGCAGAGGUUAGGUUGUGCUGGACCGUUGCACAUUCAUUAUUACGCAGUAAACCAAACCUUCCUAAAAUUUGCUCUAUGCUCUCAGCACCAGCCUGAGCAGUGCCUGUCUCAGAGCACCAACCCUUGCUACAGUCUUGGGGGCUUUGCCCAAUCUGCAGUGGGGGGCCCAGCUCAGGGAGGAUCUGCCCCACUUCAGAUCACCUAAACCAUCGCUGCCAGGGGCUUGCUCCUCAGCUGAAGUGUAACUGGAAAAUGUAACAUGAUAGCAUCUCAUUUAAAUACGCUGUUACAACUACAAGAUCUUGUACAGACUUAACCAACUCCAUGAGUUUUCCCUGAUGGGUCCUUCACAGACAUCUUCAGUCACCUUACCUCUUUCUGUAGUGGCUUUAAAGAACAUAUUAAUUAAAAAACAGGUGUUUGCAACAAGUGAGUAAUAGAAGAGGAGGAAUUCAUUUGGAAUCAGCAGUUUCAGACCGCAGAAAGGGUAAGAGAAUAUGUGAAAGGGCUAAUGGUGAUCAUCCUGCUAACAUGAAUGACAUUCCCAGACUCUGCUGCUGCUCCAACAGAGAAGCAUGGUGUGACCUCCAUCUCUGUCGCCACCCUCCUAUGUUUCCUAUCAGAUCUGCAACUGCAGACGAAGCUGACCUCCCACUGAAAGCAACUCUUGGCUAUGGGUUGCCAUGUUUACUUUCAGGAGGUGUUGAUUCUCCUUCCCACUUCAUUCAUUAAAUAAAUCACUUCAUCUUGCUAACCUCAGGUGAACUUUGGAACUCUGUUUAGAUGAUCCUGUGUCCUUUACAUGCUUCCACAGAAGCAGAGCACAAGUUUGAAAAUCAGGCUGAGGAUUAUUCCUGGGGUAUUUAGGACCCAUUUGCUCAGAAUACCACGUACAAAUUCAGCAGUACAGUUGCCCUCAUUCCUUUAUAUAUCCUGAUUUUGCAAUGAACCAUAAUCAUUUGACCAAUUUGCCAAAAAAAAAAAAAAAAAAAGGUUCUUUGUGGGUUUUUUUGGUGUUGGUGGUUUUGAAAGGCACCCUAUAAUUAGGCUGAAUAUAUGUAUGUUGUGAAUGUUUAGUUACGAUAGAGAUGGGUUUAUUGUAAAACAAAAAAAGGAAAAAUUACCUAGCUGCAAAUCCUAGCGGUUGUUUAGUUUAGAAGUUUAAGUCAAUUUAUGGAAGUCUGUGUUUACUGUCUUCAGAACUUGAUCAUGACAUUGGAAUGUAUUUUGGAAAAAAAGACCCUAUAAAAUGAAAUCCACAUUUACGGGUAAGGAGCACAGAGCACUUAGGAUCAGCAGUGAGACUGGAGCGUCUCUUUGAAGUGCAGCAAAGAGGAAAGCUUGCCAGUGCCAUUUUGGGUUUGGAAGGCAGUGAACUGAUAUGCUCAGGAAGUUGUAAUGCUGUGUAACAGAGGACGGACCCAACACCAUUAGUUUCAUGGUGAAAAUGUGGACCGUGAUAUCCCAAUGACAGCAGUCUGGAGAUAAAACUAGAUCUGAAGCACUUAAUUUAAAAUAAAACUUUAUUAUAAAAGUCAGUUCUCCUAACAUGCUGCUUUUGUGCUGCGCUGUGAGUAAUCGCCGUGACUCAUCUCGCCUCUGACAUGCUGCAGCCAUCAACAUUCCCAGCCACGAGUGUUGCCCUUUAUAAAGGAAAUAUCCUAUUUUUGGUAUGGCAAUGUCCUCAGUUUUAAAGAAUUUUCCUCCUUUAAAGCGCUCAGACAAUUAAUGCCUCAUGCAUGUAUUCAACAAUAGUUGCCUAGCAACCCUCAGAACUAUUCGGGAGAGCAAAGGGAGCUGAGAUGAAUGAACCUCAGUGGCUCCCAUGCAGCGCCAAAUCUUAAAGGCAGACCACGCAAAAAGAAGCCUUGCCCACAGAGAAGAGAUUCAUUAAAUGGCAUUAAGGAUUCCAACAAUAAUUCCGAAAGCAAAGCUGUUGCCAAGGUAAAAUGUGAGGCUAAGUCAGCUUUGCCCAAACCCAAGAGUAACAACAGCAACUGUAAAAAAGGCUCAAGUGAGGAUAAAUCAAAGAUUGCCGUAGGUGAAGAAUGCAGAGCUGAUGAGCAGGCUUUCCUUGUGGCACUUUAUAAAUAUAUGAAAGAAAGGAAAACACCAAUUGAACGAAUACCCUAUUUAGGUUUUAAGCAGAUUAACCUUUGGACUAUGUUUCAAGCUGCUCAAAAACUGGGAGGAUAUGAAACAAUAACAGCCCGUCGACAAUGGAAACAUAUUUAUGAUGAAUUAGGUGGUAACCCUGGAAGCACAAGUGCUGCUACAUGUACUCGCAGACAUUAUGAAAGAUUAAUCCUGCCGUAUGAAAGAUUUAUUAAAGGAGAGGAAGAUAAGCCACUGCCUCCAGUGAAACCUCGAAAACAGGAUAACAGUUCCCAGGAGGGUGAAGCGAAAACAAAAGUGUCUGGAACAAAACGCAUCAAAAAUGAAAACCAAAAGAGCAAGAAGGAGAAAGAUAAUGCACAGAAGCCCCAAGAUGCAUCUGAGGUUUCAUCAGAACAAGAGAAGGAUCAAGAAUCAGCAGACCAGAAAAAUUUCACAGAACAUCCUACAGCAGGAGAGACGAAACAACCCAAUCAAGGCCCUCCACCUCUUUUGCCAGAGGCAGCUCGGCCACUGCCUAUGGAAAAGAUAGACGUGACAGAAAACAGCUCAAGCAGCGAGAAAGCCAAGGAGGAAGUUCCUCAUUUGUCAUCUUUCCCGAGUUUAUCCAUGCCCCCAGAUGAAGAUACCGUGCUGGAUGCCACUGUCACAAAACGACUGCACUCCUCAGCAGAUACCCAGGAAGACACAAAGCCAGAACGAAGAAUACACAAAGCUUUUACUGAGAGCUUAGAAAAUGAACCUCCAGAAAUGCCCUUCUCGACUUUCCCAGUCCAGCUGCCCACUCAGAGUGAUAUGGAAGAUGAUAAAUUGCCAGAGAUGGCUGAUUACAUUGCAAACUGCACGGUGAAAGUAGAUCAGCUGGGAAACGAAGAUAUCCACAACGCAUUGAAGCAAACCCCCAAAGUACUGGUGGUCCAGAACUUUGACAUGUUCAAGGAAAAAGAGCUGCCUGGGUCCAUGAGCGACGACUCCACUUUUGGUUACACACCACUGCUCUACUCAAAGGGUAAUCCAGGCAUUAUGUCACCCCUGGCAAAGAAAAAGCUGCUGUCGCAGGUCAGUGGGGCAGCCUUAUCAUGUAGCUAUCCUUACGGUUCUCCUCCACCUUUGAUUAGCAAAAAGAAAUUGAACAGCAGAGAUGAACUGUCAUCAAGCCUAUCACAGGGUCCCCACGUCCCUAAUUCUGAUCCCAUAGCAAUUAAUAGGCCAUCGGUCAUACAGCAUGUGCAGAGUUUUAAAUCCAAGGAAGAAAGGAAAUCAAUUAAUGAUGUUUUCAAACAUGACAUGCUAAGUAAAGUGGAUCCUCAGCGCUGUGAUUUUUCACAACACCGCCUCAGUUCUCUUGCUGAGUCGUACGUACCGAAGACAGAUAUCCAGGACUGCAAAGAUAAAAUGACUGAGAAAAGGGCACUGCAGCACUCCCGUGUGCCCACUUUCUUGGCAGAUUUUUAUUCAUCACCUCAUCUGCACAACCUUUAUAGGCACACGGAGCACCACCUUAAUAAUGAACAGACAUCAAAGUACCUCCCCCGGGACAUGUUCAGAGAGUCUGAAAAUAUUUCUACUUUUACUCAACACAAACACCAAGAAAAACUAAAUUUAAAUUAUCACCCAUCUUUGCAUCAGCAAGAAAAAAAGGCAACAGUGGAAGCCUCUUCAGAUGAUCAGCCAACAGAUUUGAGUCUUCCAAAGAGCAUACACAAACAGACUGCAAAGGCUCCUGGCCCCGGUCUCUCUCAUUCAUCUAUGGCCCAGCAAGAAGGCAAAGGUAUCUCCCUGUUCCAGGCUGCGAGCAGCCAGGCAGUGAGCCUAGACUGUAACCCCAAAGCUUGCCGCGUGUCCCCCAUGGCCAUGACAGCCCCUAAAAAACACAGCGAGUUACUCCACAGGUCUGGGAAGCAGCAGGCACAGAGACUGGAGAACCUGAGGAAGAUGGAGGGGAUGGUGCAUCCUAUCAUUAGCCGCAGAAUGAGCCCUCAAAACAUCGGGGCUGCUCGGCCUUUGAAGCGGGGCCUGGAGGAAUUGGACAAAGUCAUUUCCGAAAAAAAAGUCCGAGCUGUCUCUCCUCUGCACUUACCAAAGGAGACCUCCGUGAAAGAAAAGGUUCCCGAUGCGGAGGGGGAAGGCAGCAAGUCGCUGCACGGCCUGCAUUCAGGCAGCGUGCUGGAGAGCCACAAAUUUCCCCUGUCAGCCCCAAUCUUCCCAGGCUUGUAUCCAGGAACCCUGUGCACAGGGCUGAACAAUCGCCUCCCGCCUGGGUAUUCCCAUCCUUUACAGUACUUGAAAAAUCAGACCGUGCUCUCCCCACUAAUGCAACCUUUGGCUCUCCAUUCCCUCAUGGUGCAGAGACAAUUCCUCACAUCCCCUGCAAAUUCUCAGCAACUGUAUAGACACUUAGCCACAGCAACACCUGUAGGAAGCUCGUACGGUGACCUUUUGCAUAACAGCAUUUAUCCGUUAGCUGCUAUAAACCCUCAAGCUGCAUUCCCACCUUCCCAGCUGUCCUCCGUACAUCCCAGCACAAAACUGUAAAUCCCCUCACUCACAAAAAAAAAAAGUCUGAGGAGAACAGUUCAGUUAGCGACAUUCCUUCCCCUGUGAUGAUGUCUUGCAGAUCUGUAUUGCUGUAAGCCAGGAUGCCGUCAUAUCCCGCGUGGCAGAAAGCUUUGGAGUGUGAACGAGACAGGACUACUUCUUUAACUCUGGCUCCACGCCAGUCCCCUCUCCCCUCACCCCUGCCCUGGCAAAACAACAACAACACAUACGCUCAAAAAUUCUUGGGAUUUUGCAUAUGUGUUUUCUGAACGUACUUGUGUAUGGUAAGAGCAAAUGUUCAAAGGGAGCCGUGGAAAUGCAGGCCCAGUCCUGAGCUCACUGAAAUGAGAGGCGACGUUUGCAUUUGCUUUUCAUUGAGCCAAGGACCAGAGGUCGAGUGUUGUUGCAAAUGAGUCGAGGACUCGAGAUGAACUUGGCGAGGAGAAGAGGGCCGAGAACCCACACAAUCAGUGGAUGUGCUGUUUUGGGUAACCUUUCCUGACUUUUAAAGAUUCAAUCAAUGCAAUGUAUAGUAAAACGGCAAUAGAUUUUUCAUUUUAACACUAUUAGAACAGAAGGGUAAACACUGAUUAAUUUGACUGUACAUAUCCACUUCGUAAACUACCAAUGUCACAUUUGGUCACAAUAAUUUAUAUAGUUUUGUUUGUCCAAUAUAUUCUGUACUCUUUAUGUUUGUUUCUUGUUUUGUUUUUUUCUUUUUUUUUUUGUUUUCUUUUCUUGUUGGUUUUUUUUUUUUAAAUUAAACAGUAUCAUUUUACCUGCAACUUUUUUAAAAGGCUGUGGCUGUCCUAAUUUUUUUAUGUUUGUAAUUUUUCCAGCUCCUUAAUUCUUCUGAGCAGCGUUUUUGUUUCAUUUUUUGUGGUAAUGUUUACUGUUUACAAACUGAAGCAACUGGUUCAGAUUCAUCUUAAUGGAUAUAAACAUACUAUAGGUAAUACUAUGGUGCAAGGGUGCAAACCGGUUCCCUUCCCUAUGGUCCAACCCCGCAGGUGCUGAGCACCUCCCACUCUCCUCAUGCUGUUGUGGUGGCUCGUGCUGCUUUUCCCUCCCACUGAGCUUUGCUUUCCCAUAUUGUGGUCCGUGAAUUUGUCAAGAGUCGCACUUAGCUUACCUAGGCUGUGAAACCCUCCUGUGUACCAGAGAUCUGGAAAACUAAACCUCACUGACACAAGAUGGUGGAUGGCAGAGGAGUCCAGAAAACAGAUUUGUAAUUUGCAAGAAUGGCAAGAAUUUCGGAAAUUAGGAUAGGAGUCCUAAUGGUUUGAACCAGGGGCGUGCAGGUCCUAUGCCACGGGCAGGGCUUGGUGGGAUGGGUAGGGGUCAUGCAGCGGGUGCCCUGCCAUUGGGGACAGCUGGCACCCACGGGCUGGGUCUCCUCGGAUGGAAUCUGGCCCCUGAGGUGGCAAAGGAGCCAAAUGCCUGUUGGGAUGGUCCUGGCAUCCCCAUGGGGACCAUGUCCCUCCCUGGGCAUCUGCCAGAGAGUGAGAGCCAAGCACAGAGAGGCUGGGUUUGGUAAUGAAAGAGCUAUCCUGUGGCUGCAUGUUUACGCUGAAGGAUGUCACCACCAUGCAGCUGAGUGUAGACAUUGAUAGAGGAGUGUGGCUUAGAGGCUUUUUACAAUGUGAAAAUUGGUUGCAAUUCAGACCAUCUCAGUUUACUGUUCAGAGACAGCAUAAUUGAUGUGAAAACAAACAUGGAAACUACUAAGAAACACUUUGCAUGCUAGGCAUGUCAUUAAAUUUUCCCAUGAUAUGAAGCCAAAUACAAUAUAUAAUGUAUCAUAGAUAAUAUCCAAAGGUGGAAACCAGAAUAAUAUACUCGUCUACUGUUAAAGAUCCAGCUUCUUCAAUUCAGUACUUUAUAUUCCUGUGGUAAAACUAUAUUUAAUUGAUCAAUAAACAGACUAGUAGAACUUAGAACAUGGAUGUGCCACUGCAGAGCAUCCUGCUGCUCCACGGAUCUUACAGGAACAGAACCGCAGGCUCAGCUGGGCAGAGGCCAUAAUGUCGAGGACAUCUCUAGUAAAGUUGCACUAGGUCUGAAUUGUGAGAAUCAGGGGUUUGGGGAUGGGUGGGAGGAAGGAGGGCGGGGGGACAGGGAGAGAAUAUGAGAAACUACAGCAAACACAAAUAGGAGUGUGUGUUUGGCAAAGCAAGCAUUUCUCUUUCUCGUUUUGGUUAAAUCUGUGUCCUGGGUUCGUGCAUUUGUUUAUGCAGUGUUCGCUUUCCCUUUGGUUACGUCACGUUGGAGUUUGGUCAUAGCCUUUGUGAAGCAGAGCUAAUGCUGAGCAGGGCUGUGGAGGAGAGCGGGGAGGGAGGGCCUUGCCUCCCUGGGAGGAGACCAGCCCAGGCCCCUCCUGGCAGGGAGGCUCCUGUGUGCUGGGUGAGACAUCGGGACAAACGAAAAGAAAUGGUAGCAUAAGGCCCCAGCAGAAGGGGUGUGUUGUUUGUUUAAGAACUCUUAAGAUAAAUCUUGGAAGUCUUUCAAAAGGCUAUUGAAUUCUCCAUUGGCUGAAAGACUUUUUUUUUUUAUGUCUUAAAUGGGACUUUGUUUGCAUUGUUUGAGUUCAAGGGGCCUUAUUAUUGAAUGAAAUUGCACAGGACUCUCUUUGUGCAAUCAAACCAUUGUUAUUGAUAGGUCUGUAAAGGAAACUGUGGAAUCUAAUUGGCAAUAGAGUCAUAAACCUAUUUACCAAGAACCAGUUCCAAGAAAUGUUGCAAGCCGAACGCACUAUGUCCAACAUUCAUUAGGGAUGCUAAAGGUUGUGAGAUGAUGAGGUAACGGCCCAGCCGCCGCGGCUCACGCGUGCCUUCUGGCUGCGGGCUGGGCCUGCCUUCACCAAGUGGAUCCACAGUAGCACCUGGCUGUCAGUGCAGCGCACUCCCAGCAAGGGUGUAGGUGAGCGAGUGAGAACGUUUUGCAAGUCAGCCUGGCUGCGUGAGCCGUUUCCCUGGUGUGCCAGUGCCUGGAAAGUCGCCUGUCGCAGCUCAGGACAAGCUGGCUUGGCAGCACGUGGUGGCAGCGGGCCGGGAGGGCUGUGCCUCCUGUGCUGCUGUGCUCCCAGGGCUGCCAGGAUGCUCCUUCCCACACUGUCCUCCUGUGCAGCGCUCACCCAGUCGUCACGAUUUUAGUGAGAAACAGGAAUUCCUGCCCUGAUGCGAGGCCCGCAGCGUGAGAACUGUUACGUGAGCACUUAACGGUGGUGUUUGCUGUAAAUGUGGUCGAUACUUCACUUGUUCUCUUCCUCCUCUCGCUCUCCUCCCCCGGACCCAUAGUUUUAAAUAUGUUCUAAUAAUGGCAGCAUACUCUACUAGCUGUUUAUACUUUUUUAACUUUCUUUUGUUGUAAAUAUUGUAUACUUUUUGUGAUUCAAGUUAUGUAGCCUAUAUGCUCUGUAAGGUGAUGAUUUGUAUAUAUAAAAAAUGGCCCAGUAAUAUUAUAUAGUUUCCCAUUUAAAAGGUUAUUGAGUAACCUUUGUGUUAGUUUAAACACUACCAGAAAUAAAGCUGAGCCAACUAUAAACACUCAAUUUUUGUAUGUUUUCCAAAUUGUACUUAUUAAUGCUUUUGAUACUGUAUUAUGUGCCAAUAGUUUCCCAAUCACAUAGCAGGCAAAAGAUAUUUUGUACUUUUUGAUCCACUGUAAUAUUUAAUAAAAAAUGUUACUAUCUGUUC